AUGGGUUCUCCAUACUUAUCUAUUUUUCUUGCAUGUUUUAAUUUCUCCUUGCUUUCUUUCAGUUCUUUAUCUUUUCUUUCAUUUUCCUCUGACUCUCUGGCCUUGUCCUCCUCAUACUCAUGUCUGUCCUUGACAACUUCAACCAUUUCAUCUGUAAUUUCGGGGGCAGGAAUUGGUAUAGGCUUGCCUUGAUCAUCUGCCUUUAGGGCAUCUUCCAAAUACUCGGGAUGAGUUUUCUCUUCAAUUUUUUGCAUCUCCUUAAUUUCAUUUCUAGUUGGUG